CAGCUACUCUCAGUCAAACUCAGUCAGUGUUUGUUCAGUCAACACAGGAUCAUGUCUUCAUCCUUCAUCACAGUCUUGCUCCUCUUCACCAGCCUCUGCUCCACACAUGCAUUCAUGAAUUUUGUAGUGGAUCGUUGUGUGUUUAACUCCAGUGAACUUAAUGACAUCGAGUACAGCUACUCUAUGUUUUACAGCAAGUUGGAGUACAUCAGGUUCAGCAGUAGUUUGGGGAAGUUUGUUGGAUACACUGAGAUGGGUGUGAUGAACGCUGAACGUUUCAACAAUGAUCCUUCAAUCCUGGCUACGAGGAAGGCUCAGAAGGAGAGGUACUGUCUGAACAACAUUAAACUCUGGUACCAGAAUGUUCUGACUAAAUCAGUUAAACCCUACGUGGUGAUGAGCUCCACCACGCCCUCUGGUGGCCACCACCCUGACAUGCUGGUCUGCAGCGUCUACAAGUUCUACCCCAAAACCAUCAAAGUGAGCUGGACCAGAGACGGACAGGAAGUCAGCUCUGAUGUCACCACCACUGAGGAGCUGGAGGACGGGGACUGGUACUACCAGACCCACUCCCACCUGGAGUACACCCCCAGGUCUGGAGAGAAGAUCUCAUGUGUGGUGGAACACGCCAGCCUGAAAGAACCUCUGAUCACUGACUGGAAUCCGUCCAUGCCUGAGUCAGAGAGAAACAAACUGGCCAUUGGAGCCUCAGGUCUGAUCCUGGGUCUGAUCUUAACUCUGGCUGGAUUCAUCUACUACAAGAGGAAGGCCAGAGGACGGAUUCUGGUUUCCUCUAACUGAGGAAGGUUCCUGUCUAUGCUUUCUGAUUUCUGGUUCUGGCCCUGGAUUCUGGUACUCUGCUGGUCUGGGUCCUGGUCGUGGACUGGGUUGUGGUUCUGAUCGUUUUUCGGGCUCUUUUCUUCCAGAGUGAUGAAGGCUGUGUUAUAAACCGGAGUCUGGACAAGUUUCUGCUCUGAACCAUCAGAAAAAUGCAGCCCUGGAGCAUGAUGACAUGUUGACAUGUGAUGCUUUCCUGUGUUCAUAACAUCCGGUUUUAUUUUAUUAUUUUAUUAUAACAGAACGGUUCUGGAUGUGUCGCUUGACCUAGUUUUUCAUAACUAGGUCAAGCGAUUUCUUGUUCUUAUAAUAAUUAUGCUUGAGAUGUUGACAUCCUCAUAUACAAGUCAGUUCCUUUUCAGAUCAUAAAUGAAUGUUUGAUUGUGUCCAUAGAGGAAAGGUAGGUAAACAGAGUUUAGUGUCAUAUGUUUGGGACAACUUAUCUGGACAACAUGAAUGUAAGAUUAUUGAUACUGCCUUUUAUUUUACUUAUGUUAUUGGACCCUGUUCAUCCAUUCCUCCAUUUUAUUCAGUCAUUUAUUUCUUAUUUAUUUUCAUUGUCCCUGUGGAUGUGUGACUGUUCGAAGGGAAGUGUGGAAUAUGUGCUUGAAAUAGAAACUUCAAUAAAACUGUUAAAAACA